AUCAGCAUCUUAGCUAUGCUCAUUGCCAUUCUGAAUGUGCAGGGCCAGAGCCAGGCCCAGUCGCAGGAGCCUCAACCUCAGCCGCCGCUCUGGCCAGCCUUUGCGCUAGAUGUGCCUCAGUCCACGCUGCCACAACUGGCGCCCGACUACGUCAACGGGCUGCUGAGCCUCAAGGAGAGUCUGCUCAAGCAGUCGGACAUCAAUCGCUACGCCACGAAGAACCAGCCACAGCAGAUGCAGAAGGAACAGCAACAGCAACAGCAACAAGCCGCGGACAUUGCUGAGUUUCGCCCGUCGAAACUCUCCUAUCAAUCCCUCAAGAAACUCAUGGAAAUGCCCGCUGUGGUUGAGGCGAUUGCCCAGCAGGUGCCGUUCAUCACACCGUCUGCCAAGGAGGAGGAAAAUGUGCAGGAGUUGACGCCGCUGUCCGUGCCACAGCCGAAGGCCGAGCCGGAGGAGCUGCGGCAGCAGCGAACGGCGCUGACAGGCGAUGGCCAAACGCCGCUGCUGCAGCAGUUGCAACAAUUUUUUGGCAUGCGCCCCAAGAACCAGCCAGAAGCGAGCGGACUGGCCUGCACCGAGGCUGCACCUGAUGUCUUGGAGGACUCGAACGAAUGCCCGACAGAGUCGCCCGAUGAGUGCGAAGCGACAGAGGAGCCCAAGGAGGGGGAGAAGGUCAUUGUGGAUGUGAAGCCUGUCAAGCCGGAGAAGAACAAGGCCAAGGGGAAGGCCACCAGCAGCACCACAGCCAAGCCCAAGGGCAAGAGCACCACCAAGAAGCUGCAAUGUUGCACCAAGAAAUCGAAGCAAGACAGCGGACUGCUGCCCAUCAGCUUCUCGCUGAACUUUCAGAAUGGUCAAGACGCGAAGGAGCAGCAACAGAAGCAACCCCGCACCGUGCGACAUGUCUAUCGACCCGAUCUUGAGGUGGAGGCCUACACCAAUCUCCUGCGUUAUCGCCGCGAAAAGGCAGCCCACAAGGAGCUGGAGACCAGCCGCAAGCAGCGUGGAGUGCUGGACAGUCAGCGACUGCUGGCCCCAUCGGCAUAAGGAAUACGAUGGAGC